UUAGAAGGAGCGCCGUUGACGAAGGAAGUCAUCCACCCGCGCUGGUGGCUAGACAAGCCCUUGGACCUAAACGAGCCGCUACUUCGAAUCCGAGACCCAGAUGUCGUUGAGAAUCUACGAGGCCGGCCGAGAUUGCCUCAGAAUAGCAGAGUUCCCGUUGAUCGCAACUUGCAGCCGAUUACAACGCCCUCCCUGCCGACCUCUAGUCAACCGGGCGGUCGGAGACUACCCUCAAGCAUACGGCGCACUCGAACGGCGGCAGAGGUUGAAGCUGCUAGUCAGGGAGCCUCGCAGACGAGGCCAAAGCGAUCACGAGUUGCAGGAAGCAAUAGAGGCCGAGGAAAUCGAGGAGGAAGACAGAGAGGCCGCGGCCGGGCCUCGGGCACUCAAGGCACUCAAGGCACUCAACGCCUUGCAGUUAUAGAAGAAAGCAGCACUGCAGAUGCCGCUGCAGAGGUUGAGGAAGUUAUCCCGGCAACGCAAAUAGAGCCCUAGAAAACACGGUUGCGAUAGCUUCAUUUUGCAUUUCUAGCUAUAGUACCUAAUAACUACUGUCUGGU